AUAGUCAGAGAAGACAGAUGUAACUCAGAGGCCACAGUCACCUUAAUGCCUACUGUGGACCAAGCAAUCUUCGAUGAAUAGCUAAAGCAACUCCCAGCUUUCUUAGACAAAGGGUUGAAGAUCUUCCAUGCCUGAAAUUGAUUUUCUAUGAAAGUCUUCACACUGGCUUGAGAUCUGAAAGCAUGCAGGGCAGAAGCUGUGAGCAAGCUGUUCCACUGUCUUUAAUGAUGAAGGAGGGUUACUCUUCAGAGAAAAGCGCACAUGUGGGAAACCAUGAGAACACAUCUGAAGAUUCUUCAUCUUAUGAACCCUUUUAUGAUUCCCUAUCAGACAUACAGGACGCGGCAUUUUCAAAUGACCUAUCGGCUUUUCUCAAUGAAGAAGAGAUAAGCAGAAGCCUUGACCUUGCUCACAGGUCCAUUACAAAUUCUUUAAAGGGGGAUGAACAAGCAAAGCAGGAAUGCACAUAUUACUUCAACACUUCUUUAAACUCACCAGACAGUGCCUCUUCUAGGGAGACCAAAGAGCAUGAUCCAGAUCCUUCCAAGAGGGCUCAGGUGACCAGCCCAAACUCAGCAAAACCUCUUCCAGAGCAGAAGAACCAGACUACAUAUCCUCAGGAAGCAAAUAAUCGCUUAAAUGUUACUGGGAAACAAUCUAAUCUAUCUCCUCUUCUACCUGCAAGACCCAGCUUUAUUCGGAGUCUAAAGAAUGCUGAAAAAUGUUGUCCAAGUGCACAACAGAUGUACUCUAAGUCCAAGCCAGCUUCAGCAGGUGAUGUCCCCUUCAAGAAUAAGCUGUGUGACAAAGCAGCUACUUUGAUUGAAGAGCUGUCUUCCAUCUUUCGAGAAGCAGCCAAGACAAGAGUCAGGAGCCCAGAUGGAAACUCUUCUUCUCCAGAUAGUGGAUAUCUUUCCCCUAAAAACAAACAAAUGGCCAUGUCAAAAUCCUUAAGGAGCGCAACCUCUGACAAUACAUGUCCAGAGAUCAUACCAGAGAGUAUACCAGAAGUCACUCCUGCUGGAGAACCCAGGAAGGAAGGCUCCCAGGCAAAUGUAGAUGCCUUCCUGCACCAAGUCACAAAAGAAAGCCACAAUCAACUAUCACCCCCACGAUUUAUCCAGAAACUUAGGAGCCAAGAAGUUGCUGAAGGAAACAAAGUGCUGCUUGAAUGCAGAGUUGCUGGAAAUCCUACACCACAUGUGAGGUGGUUCUGUGAAGGCAAAGAACUGCAAAACUCUCCUGAUAUUCAGAUCUGCAGUGAAAGCGGAGGACUGCAGACACUCAUUAUAGCAGAAGCCUUUGAGGACGACACAGGGCGCUACUGUUGCCUGGCCUCAAAUUCCUUAGGCUCCGAUUCUACUUCAGCAGAAUUGUUUGUGGAAGGUGCCAGUUCCUCUGAUUCUGACAGUGACAUUUUCAGAUCAAAAUCUGGAGCCAUGCCACAGGCCCAGAAGAAAAGCACUUCUGUCUCUUUAACAAUAGGAUCUUCUGCUCCAAAGGCUGGAAUCACUACCGCAGUAAUCCAGCCCAUCUCUGUGCCUAAUCAGCAGGUCCAAAGUCCUACUUCAUACCUCAGCAGAUUAGAUGGAUCAAAACCUAGUCAUGCUGCACCCACUUUUACAAAGGAAUUGCAAAAUUCAACAGCAAGUGAAGGACAAGUAGUGGUACUUGAGUGCCGAGUAAAAGGAGCACCUCCCUUGCAUGUCAACUGGUUUCGACAAGGGAUUGAAAUUCAGGAUUCCCCAGACUUCCGAAUUCUUCAGAAAAAGCCCCGGUCUGCAGCUGAACCUGAGGAGAUUUGCACACUGGUGAUUGCGGAGACAUUUCCUGAGGAUGCAGGAACCUUCAUGUGCAAAGCGAGAAAUGAAUACGGCUCAGUCACCAGCAGUGCAAAACUGACCGUGCUGUCAGCCAAUUCUGAGAGUUCCAGCCAAGAUGUGUCAAUGAGUGAACUGAAUGAUAAUGACUUCCACUACUUCCCACCUCCACCUCCAGAUCUUGAGAUUAGUACUGUUGAACUUUCUCCAAAGUACUCUGAGAACCAGCAGAUGAAUAAUGCUAGGCCAAGUGUAGCAGCUCUUCAGUUACAGCUUAACUCAGCAGAGAAGAAAAGCAAUGGCAUCCAGCCCAGUCGUGGAGUAAAUGGGGUCGUUAAUGGCAACACCAAAACUGAUCCAUCUCCUCAUCCUGGUGGCUUGCUGUCACCCACAAAAACACCACCACCCGUGCUUGCUAAGCCAAAACUGGACCCGCUAAGAAUUCAACAGUUGCAGAACCAAAUCCGUCUAGAAAAAGAAGCUGGCCAGUGGAGUCAUCAGCCAUUGUCUCCAACUUUCCCUCCUCCGCCUUCAGUCCAAGAACUUGAGUCCAGCCACUCUGCCAGUUCUCCAGGGCAAAUGAGUGUUCUCAACUCCCAUUCAGCUCCCACCAUGCAGUCAUCCAGUUCCUUCAACUAUGCCCGUCCUAAACAGUUUAUCGCUGCACAGAACAUCAGCCCUGCUUCAAGCUAUGUGACUCCUUCAUCUGGAUCUUCCACUGCAAGCCUCCCAUCCCCUUUGUCUCCCACUGCUUCUCAGAAACAGUUUGGCAGAACAUCUGUUCCCCCUUUCUCUCAACCAUUUUCUCCUGAGGGGGAGUACCCCUGGUCCCCUUCCCCACCCCCUCCCCCUCCCCCUGUUUUUAGCCCAACCUCUACUUUUUCUGUGACUGAUUGCUUUCCGCUUCCACCUCCCCCACCUCCACCUCUCCCAGCCUCUGCUCCUUCACCCUCCCGCAGCCUUUCUCCAACAUCUAGAUUUUCAAACUCUGGUCAGUCUCCAGCAGCCUUCCUCAGCUCCAUGCUUCCAUCCCAGCCACCUCCAGUCUCCGUUAAUGCACUAGGGCUUCCAAAAGGAGUCACACCCCCAGGAUUUCCAAAGAAAACAGGCAGAACUGCCAGGAUUGCAUCUGAUGAAGAAAUUCAGGGCACAAAAGAUGCUGUUAUACAGGACCUGGAAAGAAAGCUUCGUUUCAAGGAAGAUUUGUUGAACAAUGGCCAACCAAAGCUAACAUACGAAGAGAAGAUGGCUCGGCGACUGUUAGGGGCCGACAGUGCGGCAACAGUCUUUAAUAUUCAAGAGCCAGAAGAAGAACCUGCAGGGCAGAGAACUGGUUCUGAUGCUUCUAUAGCAACUGAGGAGGAUGUUCAAAAGGAAUACAAAGUCUCUAGCUUUGAGCAGAGACUGAUCAGUGAAAUAGAAUUUCGACUAGAGCGUUCUCCUGUAGAAGAGUCUGAUGAUGAGGUGGAGCAUGGAGAAGAGGCUCUCAGUAACAGUGUGGCACCAUAUUUUGUGAUGAAGCUGAAACAUUACAAGAUAUUUGAAGGAAUGCCAGUGACCUUCACAUGCAGAGUGUCUGGAAAUCCAGCUCCAAAGAUCUAUUGGUUCAAAGAUGGAAAGCAAAUCUCUAAGAGGAGUGAACACUACAGGAUGCAAAGAGAACCAGAUGGAACCUGCUCUCUCCACACCUCAUCCUCCACCCUGGAUGAUGAUGGGAAUUAUACCAUCAUGGCUGCCAACCCACAGGGCAGAGUAAGCUGUACAGGAAGGCUGAUGGUGCAAGCAGUCAAUCAGAGAGGACGCAGUCCCCGGACACCUCCUAACCAACCCCAUGUCAGAAGACCUCGGUCUCGGUCAAGGGAUAGUGGAGAUGAAAAUGAGCCAAUCCAGGAACGCUUCUUCCGACCUCAUUUCCUGCAGGCCCCAGGAGACCUGAUAGUUCAAGAGGGAAAACUUUGCAGAAUGGACUGCAAGGUCAGUGGCUUGCCAACUCCAGAUAUCAACUGGCAAGUUAAUGGAAGAGUAAUACGUUCCGAUAGCUCACACAAAAUGCUUGUACGUGAAAAUGGUGUACACUCCCUGAUCAUAGAGCCUGUCACUGCAAAGGAUGCUGGCAUCUAUACGUGCAUUGCCACCAAUCGAGCUGGUCAGAACACUUUCAGCCUGGAACUGAUUGUCGCAGCUAAGGAAGCACACAAGCCACCUGUAUUUAUAGAAAAACUGCAAAACACAGGAGUAGCUGAGGGUUAUCCUGUGCGACUGGAAUGCAGGGUUUCAGGGGUGCCGCACCCUCAGAUCUUCUGGAAAAAAGAGAAUGAGUCGCUCACAUACAAUACUGACAGAGUGAGCAUGCACCAGGAUAAUCACGGUUACAUCUGCCUGCUUGUUCAGGGGGCUACAAAGGAAGAUGCUGGCUGGUAUACGGUGUCAGCAAAAAAUGAGGCUGGAAUUGUGUCCUGCACAGCAAGGCUGGAUGUUUAUGCUCAGUGGCAACAACAGCCCCAAACCACCAAGCCAAAGAAGGUGCGUCCCUCAGCGAGUCGAUAUGCAGCACUUUCUGACCAAGGACUAGACAUCAAAGCUGCAUUUCAGCCAGAGGCCAACCCAGGACAUCUGACACUGCAAUCUGGAUUGGUAGAAAGCGAUGAUCUGUAAAUCUUCACAUUCAAACCUAACAUUUUCUUUCAAAGUGAAAACACUGAAAGCCAUUGUCUUGACCAAUUAUAACUUAUGCCACUUUGUGAAAGGCAGUCACUUUGUGUGCAAAAGAUAAAGAACACCUUAAUCACGUAUUUUUUGCUCGGUAUACAAAUUAGCAUAGAGAGUGGUUAUUCAGUAGAAAUGUACAGCCCACACACACAAAAAUCACCUUUGCCAUAACCUUUUAUUAUUACUACAUGGGCCUUACUAUUUUGAAUAAUCCUUUUCACAACUGCCAAGUGCUAAAGUGAAUAUGAUUUUUUUGAACACACACACAGUGCAGAACUUAUCACCUAGUGCCUUUGCAAGCUGUAGGUGCUAUUAAAACAUAACAAGUAAUGCUAGCCAAUUUAUUGGGCCCCAAGGCAACUGCAAAUGUAUCCACAAUGCAUUCUGAUAUGACAGUGAGAAUGUGCAAUAGAGUAAAACAAGAUGGGAAAAGGAAGAGAGAUUGAAGUGAAAUUUAACUCUGUAAAUGGCUUUCUGCUCUCAAAAGAGCUGCUUGCCUUAAUUGUGCUUAAUAUGGGCAAGGAGGAAUCAUUUGACUUUCGUUAACUAAAAAGUGGCUAACCACAGAUGUACUGCCAGGCUAAAUCAAUCAUAACAUAAUUUAAAACAUGAACGUUAUGAUGGAAUUGUUGGAAUGGUUUUACAGUGUUAGAUUUGUAACAGUGGGAUGAAACGGGGGCUGAAGGCCAGACCUUCCUCAGAGGGUGAAAAUACAGGAAAAGCAUUACAUUUCAUCCCUCUGGAAUUCCAUCGUUACCCGAAUGCUUUUUUAUGCUGGAGGUUUGACUGACCAGAACCUAGAUGACACAAGUGAGGAUAAUUAGUGUAGAGUAAGUGGAGGAAGGAGUGAGUCUGCAAUAAUGGUUUAAAUAAUAAGCACAUACCAUAGAGAAUAGAUGAGUAGAUAUGGGGAAUGCAGAAUGAUAAUGAAAUGGUGUUACAUGUUAAACACUGCAUGCUUGUGUACUAGAUGUUAAAUUUUUGUGUUCUUGCCUACUGCAACAUGAAUAACCCUGCCUAUGGCUGGGACUUUGUGAAGAAGGUUAAAAAAGUUGAUUUUCCAGAAUGUAGACUAGUUCUACAUCUAAUUAGACUUCACUUAGAUAGUAUUAUGUCAUUUUGAUUUAAAAUAAUUUCAUUUUAAUUGGGAGGCCAUGGAAGAACAUUUCCAUUGGCCCUGACAGAAAUAAAAUGUGGUUUAAUGGUACAAAAGUACUUUGCUACAAAAGGAAAACACUGUAUUCCUUAUAUGAAGCACAUUUAUAGUACUUUAUUUAUAAUAAAAAUGUUGAAUCUUUUAUCUCAACUCAGUUAUUCAAGUGCAGUACUUUUUUUUAAAAAAAGUUUUGUAUUAUUUACCACACCAUAUAUUUUGCAUUACAGCUAUACAUGUAUUGCUUUGCACCUCAUUGUUAAGCACACAAAUCAGGUUGUUAAUUGCUAAUAAAAGCAUAUAGCACAGCAGAUAGUUAGUUACUUUUCUAUGCAAACUGCUGCAAAGGGUUAAAACUGUUAUAGCAAUUUCUUACAUAUCUGUAUUGUCAUACACAACCUGUCAAAUGGAACUCACCUACUGUAGCCUUCCAGCCAAGAAUGUCAUACCAUUCACUUACCAAAUUAUUCUCCAAUGUGAUUUCCUAAUCUACUUUUUGUUUAGCUUCAGCUAGUAGCAUUUUGCUUCUUUUUAUUUGUAUUUAUAAAAAUGUACAAUCAUACUACUUUGGAUUGUUGUGCUGAUAUCAUGUGGGUUUAACUUCAAUAAAUACUACACAGAUCAA